AUGAGCCGAUUCCCCACCUCCCCAGCCUGGGACGAGUACAACCAGUACCGCUUCCCCUCCCCUCCCUCCUCCCCCACCCCUCCCGAUAAUGAACAGUCCCAGGAUGAGGAGGGCGCCGCCAAGAAGAGGGUGGUCACCGGACCUCUGAUGGACAUCGAGGUCAAAGCAAAGGAGACAGCUAAGCCCAAACCGUUUGGUGCUCCCGUACGCGUCGCGCCACCGACAGAGGCCGUUGACAUCCCCAGGAAGCGACCACGGGAAGAACCGCCUGAAGAAGAUGAUGAUGAUGACAUCGACAACAUCAGCCAGACCAGCUCCGAGGUGGAGCUGAUGAGACUGACGGAGGAGUUCCUCAAAGAGGCAGAGGGCCCAGCUAGUCCAGUGCCCAGUCCAGAACUUCCUCCCCCACCAACUCCAAGGUCUGCCCGUAUCAUCGCAAGGGAGGCUCCCGAUCUUCUCAAGAAGAAGCCCAGAGAGGACACAUCAUACAGUGGGUAUGUCAGGAGAAACCUGGACCAUAAGGUCGCAGGUCGAGGACGGAGCCCUCCCAGAGGAAGGGAGAUGCAGGAAGAAGUGGGAAGAACCAGCCCUUCCAGGGCCGUGCACAGAUCGGCUACAAAACGGUCGCCCAGCCCAGCCUCCUCUGCACCGCCUGCCCUGCCUCCACCUCCCAAACAGCCUCUGCUGAAGAGCACCAAGGAACGGGAGAAAAGCUCAGAGAGGAAGUGGCAACACGAGGUGGACCACAGCUACGCAGAGCCACCGGCGCGCUACUCGGUCGAGGUGAAGAAACAGGGCAGAGCCUCUCCCGCUUUGUCUUCAAGUAGAGUAAGCGACAGAGUCUUGUCUUACGAGAUGCAAGAAAGCUACACGCCACCGCGCACACGACAGGAGCGGGCGUCUCCAAAGCCGGAAAACGUUGAGGUGUCGGAUCCAAGGAGAGUCAGCAGAGACAGACACAUAGCGUCUGAAGGAAAGAGAGAAAAGCAAGACAGAUACAGCCCCCUGAGACGGGUCGAGCAAGAGAGGGAGGAACACCACACAGAGAAACAUACUCGCGGGAGACUGUCUGACUCUAAGUCUCCAGUCAGGGCUGUAAAGGUGGGAGAGUACAGCGCCAAGUCGUUCAAAGUGUCCACCAAAGUCCAGAUUUAUCGCGCCGAAGAAGAAGAGGGUCCGCAGAGGUCUCCAUCCCAGGACAGCGGCAUGGAGAGUAUUGAAGAACAAGUGACAAAGCUAGCCCAGGAGUUUCUGACUAAGCCCGAGCCAAGCGAACCAUUGAACAGGUCUCUCCAGUCUCCUCUGACACCUACAGGUGAUGACUACGACUGGAGGAUGCAUGUGGGAGGGACGCUAACACUUGCCGAGAGGAGCGGAGAGUUUUCCGAGGAAGUAGCUCAAAUAGAACGCGAGGAGGAACAAGAGAGAGCCACAAGAAGUAGACAAGAGAAGGAGCUUGCAGGUAGAAAGGGAGUAGAAACAUCAUCUAUGAAGGUUAACCUUAGUUCAAAAGCUGUCACACAGUCUUCAACCUCUCCGGAGUUCGAUGACUCCAAGCUCAGGUCAAGAUUAAGCGACGUCGCGAGGAGUAGGUCUGAAGAAAGACUUGACCAGGUGCCAAAAUCUGUCCCCAAAAUCUCAGAGCCGAGGCAGGUGCCCUACGCUUCCCCGAUGGUGAACCGAAAGAUCCGCAAACCCCGGUACGAAAUAGAGGAGGGGGACGCGGUCGUCUUGAAAAGCACAUUGGAAUCGUCCGUGCUGAAGGCUGCUGAUGUGAUAGAGUGGAGCUACGUGAAGAGAAGGACCUUUAACAGAGAGAUGGUUUACCAGAUCCAGAGCUCCAGUAAGGUGGCGUACGGCCUGUUUAGGGGAAGGGUGACCAUCGAAGGGGCGUCGGCACUGAGGAUAUUCCCAGCGAAGCCUCAGGAUGCGGGAAGGUACUACUGCACUGCACGGGAUGUGGAUGGGAACGAGAAUGAGAGCUACCUGGAGCUUGUUGUUGAAGCUGUGGACAAGCGUCGCUGGUCUGCUCCUGCCAACAUGCGACCUGUAGCUGACCUCACACCCACCCCGCCCAACACCCCCAACAUCGACGGUUCUCGUAGUCCAAACGUGGAGCCUGCCUAUCCAAAACCUGACACACCUACACCUGCUGCUGCUGUGACUGAGAUGCCCCGGAGAGCACACAAGCCGUCCAUCAUCCUGGAGGAGAAGGAGGGGUCCAGCUCGGAGGAGGAACAGGACAAGAGGAGCCUGUCCCCUCCCGCCUCGGUGGUCUCCAGUCUCACUGGCUCAGCCACAGACCUCCAGCUCAUGAUCGCCAUGAAGGAGAGGGAGAAGGAGAAAGAGCGAGAGAAGGAGAGAGACAGGGAGAGGAGAAGACAGUCUCCAUCCCCCAUGGGCAGGAGGAGGGAGUCCCCGUCUUCCCCAGCCAGGAGGGAGAGCCCCAGCCCUGGCAGGAGCAGUCCUCUCAGCAGCAGCAGCAGGGGACAGUCACCUGAAGUCCGCCAUGCAUACACCCCCCUGGUGACUCCACCCCCCAUCCCCGCCCCCCCUGUAGGGGUCUACCUCACCAAGGCCAGUCCCAGGGAGGACUUCAAGGUCAGGGGAAGGUCGUCAGGGGGCUCUGACAAGAUCAUCUCUCCCGGCUCUCCCACGAAAGCAUUCAGCCAGGAAACAGCAGAGCAUGCUCCCCCCGUCCCCCCUCUCCCUGUCCCCUCCGACUUGUGGGCGGACAACAAGAGUGAAGAGAAAGCGCCUCUCCAAAACGGCCCCACGCCAUCCUACCCUCCUCCACAACCAAAAGUUGCCUCCAAGUCUCUCAGCCUGGAGCUAUCAGGCACAAAGAAGAUGUCCGACACCCUCAGUAGCACCUCAGGCUUCUCUACGUCCAGUCUAAGGGACACAGUCUUCACAGACAGCAUCAGGGCACCCUCUCCUGUCACCAGGAGGAAAAGAGGGAUGUCAGGAAAGAUAAUCCGGGAAGACAGCGAAGUUCUCCUCACCUGUCCCUUUGGGAAGCUGACGUCUGCCCAGGAGGUGGAGUGGUACGUCACGAGGAAGGGGGAGUCAGAACGGACACUGGUGUACCAGCCAAAUCACAAAACUACUCUUCUCCACUUCUUCAGACACACGGCGGACAAGCUGGGCCUGUGCCUUCCCUCGGAUCUGGAGGUCUCUGCAUAG